AUGUCUCCAGGUGUCUCUGUGCUGCUGAUGUCUGGACUCUCUGCUGAUUCUCCAGUGUCUCUGGACAUCAGUCCAAACCUUCAGCAGUUCUUCUCUGGAGAUUCUUCAGUGUCUCUGAGAUGCUCUGAAGAUGGACGGACAGCUGAAGGAUGGACGGUGAAGAGGACCACAGAAGGAUCCACUGAGGUCGGUGGAGACGCUGGUUCUGGUCCCUCCUGUGUUCUGGACCUUUCUGUGGAUCCUGGUGGAUCUUUCUGGUGUGAAACAUCUUCUGGAACCAGGAGCUAUAAUGUCAGCAUCAUUGUGUUAGAUAAAGGUCUCAUCCUGGAGAUCCCUGCUCUUCCUGUCAAAGCAGGAAGUGAUGUCACUCUGCGCUGCAGACGGCGAAGCGGUGACAUCACCUCAGCAUUCUUCUUCAUUGACAGCCGUCGCCUGGGAUCUGGAGCAGAACACGUCCUCAGGGAGGUCCAGCAGGCGGAUGAAGGCUCCUACUGGUGUUCUACUGACAGGUUUGGAAGAUCUCCUCACAGCUUCCUGAGGGUCAGAGAUCCUCCUCUUCCUCGCAUCAUCACAGCGCCUCCUCUGGUCUCGGUUAAACCGGGUCCAGCAGGUUCUCCUCCUCCUCCUCCUCCUCCUUCCUCUUCUUCUGCUUCUCCUCCUCCUCCUCCUCCUCUCUCCUGUGCUUCAGUCCUGCGUCUCCUCUGCCACCUGCUGGUCAUCUGUCCGUACUGCGUCUGCAGUGUCCUGCUGCUGCUGAUGUGCUGCAGCAGGAACUCAGGACACCAACCUGAUGUCUCCAUGGAGACCGGGCAGCCCGCAGAGCUGGAGGACGUCACCACGGAGCAGGAACUCUGAUGCAGGACCAGAACCAGAGUCAGAGGUUCUGGAUCAGGAUGGUUCUGAUCCAGUCGGUGAAGCUUAGAAGGUCACAUCAGGGUUAGAUGUAUGAAGAUAGAUUGGUUCUGAAGGUCCCUCCUUUACAGCGAGGUCCAUCAUCAUGUUGAUGGGACUCAUCCACUUUCACACUCUGAACAUUUCUUUUGAUAAUCCCUGAAUUAUUUAUUGAAAAUUAAAUAUUCACUUUGAUAUUAAGGCAGGAAAUAACCUGAGCUUAAUAUUUUCUAUU